AUGAAUUGCAAUUUGCACUCUCUCUUGCAUGUCCGUCUUAUUAAGGAGGCAAGAGUGAAUAUCGCAUUUGUUCCUGAAUCUCUCUCGAUCGGAGCCAGCCAGGGCCGGGGCUGCGCAACCCAAGAAGAGGAGAGAGAGAGAGAGAGAGAGAGAGAGAGGAGAAGAGAGAGAAGUAGAAUGUUCCAUGGUCAUGUGAAGAAACCCUCGACAACAGCAACAUCCAGCAGUCACAAUACCAACAGCGGCAGUAACGGCGGGAUGAUGAUGAAUUCUUCUUCGCAGCAGCAGCACCAUCAUCAUCAUCAUCACAAUCAACACAGUCAUCACCUUCAUGAUCAUAGGUCGGGGGGAGGCGGGGGGAUGUCGUCAUCAUCUUCAGGGGCAGGGGGAGGGUGCCAUGUAGUUCAGCAGCAGCAGGGUGACUCGGGCCUGGUUCUCACCACCGACCCGAAGCCCCGACUCCGAUGGACGGUGGAGCUCCAUGAGCGCUUCGUUGACGCAGUCACCCAGCUCGGAGGCCCCGACAAGGCGACUCCUAAGACGAUCAUGAGGGUCAUGGGUGUGAAGGGCCUUACCCUUUAUCAUCUCAAAAGCCAUCUUCAGAAAUUUAGGCUUGGGAAGCAACCUCACAAGGAGCUCAAUGAUCAUUCUAUGAAGGAUGCAGCUUCCGCAUUAGAUCUUCAACGAAAUUUACCUUCUUCAUCUGGAAUGAUGGGCCGUAGUAUGAACGAGUAAGUGAUACUAUCAAAACAUUAUUGUUUAUUUAAUUAUGAAAAUAAUUAUCUGAGAGAAACCUCUGAAAAAGAAGUUCUUACAAUGAUCAACUUCAUGUUUUAAAUAUUUAAGUAGCUCAAGCCUACUCAAUUAUGCAUGAUCAUCAAAAAGGGUGUUGAUGAUGAUGAUCCUGAUUGUAGAAAGUAUCUGAGAUCUGGAUUUUACUUCCUUCCUUUUCUUUUUGUGGGGGAUUGGGGGAUUGGGUUUUAUUCUUAAACUUUUCUCUCCUUCUGUUGGUUGGCGAUGCAUAUGAACAAUAGUAACUCAAACGUGGUUGAUGGGAUUAGGAUGCAAAUGGAAGUCCAGAGACGACUGCAUGAACAAUUGGAGGUACAAAGACACCUGCAAUUGAGGAUAGAGGCGCAAGGGAAAUACAUGCAAAGCAUGCUGGAGAAAGCCUGUCAGACCCUGGCCGCCGGCGAACAUCAUCAGCCCUACAGUAACCCAACAACGACGGCCAAAGCAACAAGUGGCGGUGUUGGGCCAGCCGGCAUUCACGGGGAUCCUCAUGAUCAUCUCCACCACCAACAUCACUUGCACAAUAGUAAUAACACCAACAGCAUUAAUGCUGAGAUGGUGGUGGGAAUGAAGGACAUAGGACAAGCAGCAGCGCUCAACUUUCCGUCAGUGCAAGACCUCAACAUCUACGGCACCAGCAUUGAUCCAACAGCCUUGCCAUUGCCCUUAAUGAUGCACUCGUCCAACGUACCCAACAGCGUACAUGUCGACGCUGCUGCACUUUCCCUUGGCUCCAACAACAAGCGCCACAACCCUUACACCAACAGUAAGAGCGGGUCGUCAUUGAUGAUGUGGUCGUCGGCGGAGGAUCUCCGGUUGCAAGAACCGGCGGCGGUCGGGAAUUGCGGGCAGAAGCAGAAGCAGCAGCAGCAGGCCGGCGGUGCAACGGACGAGGAGGAGGAGGAGGAGGAGGAUUGUGAUGUUGACGACGAUGAGGAUCAGAUUCAGAUGCAUGAUCAAGUGCAGAUUCACAUGAACAAUCAUCAUCAUCUACAGGAUUCAUUGUACGAGUCGAAGCCCAUGCAACAGCUGAUGGUAGGACAGCAACAAGUUGGCGGGGAUCAUCAUGGGUUGUUGUUAAUGGGACCCACCACCACCACUAUGGAUCAUCAACAUCUCCACCAUAGGAAAUUUGCCACCGGGAAGCCUGAGCGACCCUCGCCGCCGGCUAGGGCUCCCACCAUGUAGUUACCGCUUAUGCCAGCCAGCUAGAAGCACUCCUGCCUACCUAUCCAGCUACAUUCACCAUACGUGUCCGUUAGCAAGCCAUCUUUGGGCGGAUCGAGUUUUUUUCUUUCCUUUUUCAUCUUUGAUUUAUCUAUAGCUAUUUACUUAUCACAAAUUAUAUAUGUCUUUUCAUAUUUAUAUAUAUAAAGAGAUACCGAUCGAGAGAGGCGCAUGCAGCUAGCUAGUAUCCCAUAUAAAGAAGAUAUUGAUAUGAUUUGAAUCUGAUUAUUUACCGUCGAAUGGAAGUUAUGGGGUCUUUCUGUACCCUAUCCGCUCUCACGGUGUAUGAGGUUAUACACAUUUGGAUUUAUAUUCUGGGUCUAGUCGGUAACCUUAUCAUUUAUCAAAUUGUAUUAGAGAUAGG